AUGAAGCUCGAGCUCACCCUCGCCCUCGUCUCGCUCCUCGCCGUCAACGGCGCGCCCCUCCCGCAGGACAACAGCGGUGGUGGCGCUGCCGGCGGUGGCGGCGACGGCGGCAACCCUCCCCCGCCCGUCGUCAAGACCGUCGUCUACACGUACCAGCCCAUCCCGCGCCCCACCUGGAAGUGGGAGCACCCGUCGUGGUCGCCCCCUCCCCCGCCUCCUCCCCCCGAGACCAAGGUCGUCACCGCCACCUACCGCCAGUGCAACUGGGUGACCAACGGCGAGGGCGACAAGGCGACGCACACGUGGACGUGCACCGACGUCGUCAAGCCGCAGACUGUCGUCGUCGGCGGCUGGGGCGGCUGGGGCGGCUGGUUCUGGCCCUCGUGGUGGGGCGGCGGCCACAAGUCGUCGGCGCCUCCUCCCAAGACGGACCCCACGCCGGCCCCCAACGCCGGCAACGCCGGCGACGCGCCCAAGGAGAGCCAGGCGCCCGCGCCGGCCCCGACCCCCGCCCCCGCGUCCGGCGGCGCUGACCCCGCCGCCGACCCCGGAAACAACGCCGGCAGCGGCAACACGCCUGCCGCCGAGUCGGCCGCGCCCUCGCCCGCCCCGGCUGCGGCCGAGACCCCCGCCGAGGCCUCGGCCUCGCCUACCGCCGCCGAGCCCACUCCCUCGCCGAGCAGCAGCGGCCCCGACCCCGCCGCCGACCCGUCCAACAGCGGCGGCGCUGGCUCUGACGCCGGCCAGGGCUCUGACGGCGCCAACGGCUCCAGUGGCGCCAACGGUGCCGACGGCACCAGCGAGAGCGGCGGCCCCAGCGGCCCCAGCUCGAUCCCCUCGGGCGGCGCCGACCCCGCUGCCGACCCCGGAGCUACGCCCGCGUAA